AUGCAGACAGUUCUACUCCUUGUUGGUUCAGCUAUCUUGUACGCCGUGUAUAAGUAUGUCUCUGGACUGCGGUGCAAUAUUGAAGCGGCAAAGAAGAGUGGCUUGCCUUAUAUCGUUGCCCCCUGGUCACCAAUCUCCGUCCCAUGGGUGUUGGGCUACAAGGGAUUGGUCCCGAUAAUCAAAUUGCUUCCUAAGCCACUAUGGGAAGAAUGGCUAGAAGUUUUGACGCCUGGAUUCUCAUAUAAUACACGUCAUGAUGCCUUUGCGCGCCAUGGAGACGUAUUUAUCAUAGUCUCUCCGAAUAUGCUGUACAUGAUGACCUGCAAUGCUGAGGCUAUUCGUCAAAUUACGUCUCGGAGAGAGCACUUCCCCAAAUAUGUGGAAUCAUACGAGAUCUUACGAGUGUUUGGUAACAACGUUCUGACUUCAGAAGGCGCCAUCUGGCGAAACCAUAGGAAGGUGACCUCAGCAUCAUUCAACGAAAGAAACGCUGCUCUUGUCUUCCAGGAAGCUAUCCACCAGGCACAGGGGCUGGUAAAUAUGUGGAUGGGACCAGGUGGUGAAGACAGUGGAACGAUCAAUACACUCGACGAGGACACUAUGAGGCUAGCUCUCCACAUUAUUGCUUAUGUCGGAUUUGGUCUCAAGUUACUGUGGCCCGGAGAGUCUCUACCAGCGAAGGCCAAUCUGAAAAUGGCGAAGUAUGGUUCGCCAGAGGCCACUGCAGGUCACAAGAUGAGUUUUGUGGCCACAAUUGCGACUGCUUUGGAGUGCAUUCUGCUCAUUCUGCUCGUUCCACGAUGGAUAUUGGCAAUGAUGCCUUUCAAGAAGACACGCCUUGCAGCAGAUUCCCAUGAUGAGUUCAGCAAGUAUAUGCACGAGUUGAUGGACGAGAAGAUCGAAGAAGCCCGAAAAGGCGAGCAUGUCGACGGUAUGGACCUAAUGGGCCAGCUAGUAAGAUCUAGUUACGCGACUGGUAUAGGCGAAGGCAUGCAAUCCAAGAAAGGCGCACUGUCACGAGACGAAAUCCAAGGGAAUGCCUUUAUCAUGCUCGUCGCCGGACACGAGACCACCGCUGGAGCGCUGCACUUCAUCCUGCUAGAACUGGCAAAUAAUCCAGCAUCUCAGAGAAGAUUGCAAAAUGAUAUUGACGAGAUCUUUGGAGGAAAAGAACCAAGCUCGUGGGAUUAUGAUGCCCUGAUCUAUCCGAUGAUGGCUAGCAUGCUAGGCGCCUGCAUGAACGAGACUCUUAGGAUGACGCCUGCAGUCGUUGAAAUACCAAAGAAAGUGCCUCCGAAACAAGAGCAGGUCAUCACUAUCGACGGAAAUAGCCACCUGAUCCCCGGAAGUACAAUCAUCUCCUUGGUAGCCGUAUCGAUUCAUCGAAACCCACGAUACUGGCCUGGGAGGCCAAGUCAUAUAUAUGCUGGCGAGGACGACAUCAAUGACUGGGUACCUGAAAGAUGGUAUCGAUCCUAUGAGGCUGCAGCAAAGCCGACAGAGUCAGAUAUUGCUGCACCCGAGAACGAGGAUUUUGGUGGAUACAAGGGCCCUGAUACAAGCUCGCAGCUCUUUCGGCCAGAAAGGGGCGCAUAUAUCCCCUUCAGUGACGGGCCCAGAUCAUGUCUCGGCCGCCGGAUUGCUCAAGUGGAAAUCAUCGCCGCGCUCGCGGUGCUCUUCCGGGACUAUAGCUUGGAGCUGGGGGUGGAUGAGUGGGCAAAUGAUGAGGAGAUCGAGAGGAUGAACAAAGAAGGAAGACGCAAAGUCUAUGCCAAAGCCCAAUCUGCAAGCCGGGCCAAGAUAUUGGGUGCGACCUCGCUGUUGACGCUCAAGAUGAAUGGUGAUUACGUACCGGUAAGAAUGGUCAAGAGGGGACAGGAAAGAGUACAAUGUGGUAUCAACGGAGACGAACGUGUAGCAAAGAAGUGUCGCGUCGCGCGAGUAACGCGUUUGCCUGCUCACGAUUACUUUAGUAAUAGCAAAUUUGCAGCUAGGAAAAAGAGUCAAGUGGUUAAGCAUGCUGAUUGGUGCAAGGUCACGGUCAUCCCCCCAAAGUGA